AUGUAUAAUUUCUUCUCCGAUCCGGAGUGGUACGACCCCGGCCUCGCGGCCACCUGGCCACAGGACCUGGACGACUUCCUCGCAGCCUGGGCUGCCGUGCCUGUUCGCCCUCUGGCGCAAGCUGCCUCCGCGCAGCCUCCUCCCGCGCCUCUUCCUCCUGCCCUGCCUGCCCUCGCCCCGCAGCAGCAGCAGCAGCAGCAUCAUCAUCAACAACAAGCGCUGCCGCCCCCGCAGCAAGUCUCCGGCCCCCCGGUCGCCCAAGGCGUCCCCGCCGCGCAGCCUCGCUGGGUCUGGCUCGCCCAGCACGUCCCCAACGCAACGGGGACAUACUACUCCUACAAGGCGCAGCCUGGAGUCAGCAACUCGCCCGUCUCCGGCCUCCUCCCCGGACAAGACGUGCUCGGCGACGGCAUGGUCCCCGUCGUCUUCGACCAGGUGAAGACCAAGACGCUGGCGCAGGAGAAGCCAGCAGCCCUGGACGCCAUGAUCGUGGCCAUGGGUGGUAUGCCGGCCGCUGGCAACGGCCGUGCACCACCCAGCGAAACCGCGAAGGCGCGGUGGAUCAUCGAGAGUGAGGCGCCGCUCUCCACUCCCGCCCCUGUGCCUGGUGUCGUCUCUGCUGGGUUUGUGGCCGGCCCUCCGCUGGCAACGGAGUGGCUUCUCGGCUCGGUGGUAGGUGGUGUGCUGGUGGUGGGCCCGGCGACUGAGGAUGAGGUGGUGGGCUGA